AUGUUUCUAAGAUUCGAACCAACCAAAUCUACGAAAGGCGCGAGUAAGAUGCGUCGUGAUCUCAUCAACGCUGAGAUAUCCAACCUCCGUGAUCUGCUGCCUCUACCACCUUCAACGAGACAGAGACUAUCACAACUACAACUGAUGGCACUCGUCUGUGUGUAUGUUAGGAAAAUGAAUUACUUCCAACAAGUGUUCAAGAGUCACGACUUUAGUUAUCAGUACCAAGAGCAACCUACUCCUACACCAAAUAUCGGAUUUUCAAAGGCAAUGAAUGGUUUUAUGAUGAUGAUGACACAGAAUGGAAAACUCUUGUAUAUAUCAGAGAACGCUGCGGAAUAUUUAGGACAUUCUAUGGAAGAUCUUUUGAUUCAUGGAGAUAGCGUUUACGACAUCAUCGACAGACAAGAUCACCAGAUGGUUCAACUUGAAUUGAAUAGAACUAGCAACGGUGAGACUGAAAAUGUACCAAAGAAUAGACAUUUCUUCUGCAGAAUGAACGUCUCAAGAAAUGCAAGACGGCAAAUGAGAUUUGGUGACCAAAAAGUAGUUUUAGUUCAAGGGCAUUACGUGUCAUAUUUGCCGCUCUGUAGCCGCAAUGAACCUGUUUUCCUAGCUUCGUGUACACCUCUGGCUAUGCCUGAAACAAGGGAAUGUAUAGUUCAUGGAGCCACGAAUGUAUUCACUACCAUACAUUCCAUGGAUAUGAAGAUAUUACAUAUAGAUACCAAUGGUGAAUGGUACUUAGGAUGGAAGAAAACUGAUCUGAUAGACGUGUCGUGGUAUCAAAUACUACAUUGGGAUAGUUUAAGAGAAGCUCAAACCAAACAUAGAUUAAUUACCCAAUCGGAGCAAGAUAAAUGUUGCAUCCUCUUAGUAAAACUGCAACAAAGAAGCGGUUCGUUCCUAUGGAUACAUAUGGUUUUGCAAGUCAAAGAGGCUGCGGAUGCUCCUAGGCAGUUCAUUGUAGCUACUAACCAAGUAUUAAGUGAAGAAGAAGCAUCAAUAAUGGUGUCCAAUUCAUGGUUGUAUCAAUACUAUGGAUACCAGAACCAGAAUUGUGGGAUGCUCGACCCCAGAUGUCAAAAGUUCUUUAGACGAGAACCAUAUUACCCUGACCCCUAUCCAGAAUACCAAUAUAUAGAAAACGAAGUCGAUUACACUGGUUACCACAUAACGCCGUAUGUUUGUCAAAAAGCUGACGACUAUGGCUGUGAAAGAAUAUACACUGAUAGAGGUCCAGUAGAUUAUUCAACACAUUCUCCGCAAUCUACAAUAAGUGAAGAAAGAUCUCCUUUACAUUACGAAACAGGUGAUAUCGUUGUGAAUAGUAACAUGUAUAUGUGCAGUAAGAGAGAAUAUUAUGACCAAUAUGCACAAGUUCACUAUACACAAGAAGCUUGUGGUAGUGGAAAUAUUGAAGGAAUCGAAUACCCAGCCGCUAAAAGAAUGAGACUAACAACGCCUCUGAACAUAGAGGGCGCUGAUGGCAUAGAUAGAUGGAACCCCAGCCCUCCCUGGUCUGAUACUCUCAAAUUGACAGAUUACACACAAAGAUUUACAUACAAUAUGCUACCGGCGCCUGUGGAAAGAACUCUUGUCACUUAA